AUGCAUAAAUCAAAAUCAGUUAUUCUUGCUUCUUGGAUCCAACUAUACCACUUAUUUAACCCUCCGGAGGAAUGGAAGCUCAUUUCAUCCUACAUUUUAGUACCGGACUCUUUCUCCGCCCUUUUCUUCAACAAACAAGCAGGAUUUCAUUUGUUUUCGCCUUUUCCGUUGGGGUUAUUUUCUCCUCUUUUUCUUUGUCACUUUUUUUUUUCCUGAAUGCGAAGCCACAAACAAAAGAGAAAGGAAACAAAGCCCGUCUUCGUUUGGAGCUGGUGAGUUAUUAUCCAGAGAGGGGAAAGUGUGAGCCUAGUCGCCUACUAAAACCCUUCUGCAAAUACUCCAUUUAGAAUUUGGUAGAGGCAUUGGACUGGAAGCUGCGGCAACCAAAUGCUGCGAGGGAUUGACUUGUUCCGCACUGUUUCUACGGCUGCUGCUCUGCAAUUCACGCAGGUCUAGGAAGUGAAUUCGUCCGCAUACGGAGACAGGGAAGCUUACCUUCGUAUUGUAUUGUAUUGGAGCUGUAAUCGUUGAACGACUGCAAGAUGGCUUGCGUUUCGCCAUAUGGCACGCCUACUGAUACUCGAACUCCAGCGAGAAUCUUGACGGUUCUCCGAGGGGGAGUGUCCAAGGAGAAUCAUUUGCUCGCGGGUAGAGCCAGCAGCAGCUCGGUUAAGCUCGCUGAUGAUAAGAAUAGGUUUCUGGGUGCUGGCCAGAAGUCGACUUUCCCUAUCAUCAGAAGUUCAACUAACUCUCACAGUGUCAGUCCUUAUCAUAACAAAGACCCUUUUCUGGAUCUGCACCCUGAGGUAUCGUUACUCAGAGGUGAAGGAAACAGUGCAGUUUCAGUCCCGAGGAAGGAUUCUCCAUGCGGCAAUAUCACGGAUAGCUUAGUAGAUCAGUCUACCGCAAGAAAUUCCAGUGAAGCUAAGAUCAAAGUUGUUGGUGUUGGAGGGGGUGGGUCCAAUGCAGUCAAUCGCAUGAUUGAGAGCUCAAUGAAGGGCGUGGAGUUUUGGAUUGUCAAUACAGAUAUUCAGGCCAUGAGGAUGUCUCCUGUAUAUCCAGAGAACCGUUUGCAAAUUGGUCUGGAACUAACUAGAGGUCUUGGAGCUGGUGGUAACCCGGAGAUUGGAACUAAUGCUGCCAAAGAGAGCAAAGAGACGAUAGAAGAAGCACUGAAUGGAGCAGACAUGGUUUUUGUCACCGCUGGAAUGGGUGGAGGAACUGGUACUGGCGGGGCUCCUGUAAUUGCAGGUAUUGCAAAAGCAAUGGGGAUCCUGACGGUUGGUAUAGUGACAACUCCCUUUUCUUUUGAGGGACGAAGGAGAGCUGUUCAGGCGCAGGAAGGAAUUGCAGCAUUAAGAGAUAAUGUUGAUACACUGAUUGUGAUUCCAAAUGACAAGUUAUUGACUGCCGUUUCCCAGUCUACUCCAGUAACAGAAGCAUUUAAUCUUGCUGAUGACAUUCUGAGGCAGGGAGUUCGUGGUAUCUCUGAUAUCAUUACGAUCCCAGGACUUGUGAAUGUGGAUUUUGCUGAUGUCCGAGCAAUAAUGUCAAAUGCUGGUUCUUCACUAAUGGGCAUAGGAACGGCAACAGGUCAAACAAGGGCAAGAGAUGCCGCUUUAAAUGCAAUUCAAUCGCCAUUGCUAGAUAUUGGCAUAGAGCGUGCAACUGGAAUUGUAUGGAAUAUUACUGGUGGAAACGAUUUAACUUUGUUUGAGGUUAAUGCUGCGGCAGAGGUUAUAUAUGAUCUUGUAGAUCCAACUGCAAAUUUGAUAUUUGGAGCCGUCAUAGAUCCAUCAUUUACUGGUCAAGUCAGCAUAACUCUUAUUGCAACUGGGUUCAAGCGCCAAGAAGAAACAGAAAGCACCAGGCCCCUCCAGGCAAGUAAGGUAGGGUCAGGAGGAGAUAGCAAGGAUGGAAUGAACAGGCGACCAUUCUCAUUUACCGAAGGUGGUUCAGUAGAGAUCCCUGAGUUUCUGAGGAAGAAGGGGCGUUCUCGUUUUCCAAGAGCAUAAAUCAAAUAGUUUCGCAGACUCUCUUUCUCCAUUCGGAAGCAGAUAUCCUUUUCCACAAUUCAACAGGGAAAACAUCCGCUUAGGGUCCAUGUAGUAUUGCGCUGUAGGUAUCUCUAUCAGAGUUCCUCAAAAAGUCAACAGCAACAUCUACAUGGGUUGUGUUUGAUUAUAUAGCCAUCCAUAAUAAGGUAGGUAAUGUUUUUGUUUGUGGUGUAUAUCAUUAGAAUCUCUAGAGAAGACCAGUCAGCAGUUUGUACCAUUUCACCCUUGUCCUGAAUGCUUCAAUAAUUUCAUGAAUCUGAUCAAGCUGCAUUCCUAAGCGGCUUGUACAUAGUAUGGGCUCUGAGUUAUGAGUUAUCUUGUUCGAAAAUCGUAGAUUGGUUUGCUGAGAGUUCUUGUUCUUAUACAUGUUAGCAGAGCUAGUGAUCUGUGUUUAUGGAGUAGCAUAGAAAUGAAUAGCAAGUAUGUGAAGCUGGGGACUUGCCUGUUAUGUAGGUUGCUGUCAGCACCUCUGCGGGGAUUUGAGCCAGAGUCUGUUUGGCCUUCAGCUGUGACCUUCCCGUUCCUCGUUUGCCAGUGCUGAUUGCUUUCUCGUCUGUAAUUUGGUGCAUGCUACUGGGUCGAUCAUUCCUCGAUGGGUGGUGGCCUUGACUUGGGCCGUCUUUGUUGGACCCUAUCCAUCAACAUUUGUCUUGUGUGAAAUGGGCUUGAUAUCAGCAUUCCCUGUUAAUUUUCCUUGCCACAAAUUAGAACGUUGAGGGAGAAAUCUGUC